AUGACAAGAGUGCUGCUGCUCGAUAGCUGAGAUGCUGAGGUAACAUCAAAUGAAAGAGUAGAUGGAAACACAUGAACUGUAGCUUCAGGCUGAAGUAAUAUCAGGUGCAUCUCUACACCCGCAGGGCUCGACUCCUACACUUUUAAGUCCCUCCCAUUGAAACAGCCUCCUUCAGUUUCACUUAAUCAAGCAGCAAACAGGUACUUCUCUCUCAACACUGACAGCAACAGUUUAACAACUCGGAACAUCUUGGACUUCGGUUCCCAAACUCACAGUUUCCUGUUGCGUGCUGUUUUGUUCUCAUGUCUCCAGAAGAAAUGGCUUCAAAUAAUUAUUUUUGAGAGUCUCCUCAAAGUUAGGAGUAAAUCUGGAAAACUUAAGAUAUCAACCACAUUUUAUAAAUUAGGGCAAGGAAAACAAAAAAGUCUAAUCAUUGAAACAGAAAGAUGAGCCUUCUCAAAGAACGUAAGCCAAAAAAACCUCAUUAUAUCCCAAGGCCUCCAGGAAAACCAUUCAAGUACAAGUGUUUUCAAUGCCCUUUCACCUGCAAUGAGAAAUCACAUCUUUUCAACCACAUGAAGUAUGGGCUCUGCAAAAACUCCAUUACUUUAGUGUCUGAGCAGGAUCGGGUUAUCAAGUGUCCAAAGUCAAAUUCCUUGGAGCCUAAGCAGAUCAAUCAGGCGGAACCUGGAGCGAAACCAGCCUCCUCUAAACCCCUCUCAAAUCUUGAAUCUAAACCUCAAUGUGCUUUCCCCAAAGAUGAUGCCAAGGAAAACAUGGAGGUUCAAAACCAAGCAACAGGUAAAUUAGUAAAUGGACAAACACCAUCAAUUCAGAAGGAAUUAACUCUUGUUGGUCGUGAAGAAGAAAAUACAGCUAACACACAGCCUGGUCUUGAAGGCAUUGUAAGACCUUCUGCCUUUGUCCCAGUAGGAGAGCAUCGUCACAGUAAAGACAGCAUUGAGCUAUCUCAGUUGGUGUCUCUUUCUGAUUCAAACAAAGGCCCUUCAAUCCACACAAAGUCAGCAUUUCAUGCUCCAAACAACCCAUGGAAAACAGCGUCCACACUUAUUGCACCAGAAUUUACUCAUAAAAUUCCACCUACAAAAGGUUUCCCUUCCAUUCCACCUUAUAUGCAGCCCAUAAUUCCCGAGUAUUCACCUUCAUUGUAUGAGCAUGGAUUGGCCAUUUAUGCACCUUACUUUCUUCCUGGAAACUCCCAUGAGUGUGAAAGUUCAGUGCUCUCUGUCUACAGCUCUCAAGAUCAGAGACAUUUUCUUCCUCACCCUGGACCACUUCCUAAACCAAUAAAUCCAGCAGCUUAUGAACACUACCGUUUAUUCCAGCAGUAUCAUCCUAAUCCCCCAGUACCAUACGGACUUUGUAGACCAACAGAAUCAGCAUUUUACAGGCUACCACACAUUACAGGUCUUAACAGAGACUCUAGUUCUCAUUUAAUGGAAGAAACAACCUUGCUAUAUCCAGCUUCUUCAAGCCCUGCCAGGUUACAGUCACUGAAUUCUCACAAAAAAACAGAUGAUUUGGAAAAAGAAAGCCCUAUGCUACAUGCCAAAAGUCAUUCCAAAGAGGAGCAAAAUGAGAGAGAGAGUGCAAAAAUGAGCCCCCGUGCUGGAAGUGCAGCAACAGGGUCCCCAGGCAGACCCAGCCCAACAAACUUCACUCAGACGAGUCAAGGUUGUGAAGGCCUAUUUGACCUUUCUAGCAGAUAUUCAUCUAUAAACAAGUACAAUCAAACUGAAGAAAACGGCACGGCGUUCAGACCUGUGAGGAAAAGUACGGAUGAAUCCACUCAGCCUCUUACAAAGGAGGAUAGAGGAAACACACCCAGGAGUAGUGAUGUCACUAAUGAAAAUGAAAAUAUACAGCAUGAAAGUAAUGAGAACGAUGACCCUCUGUCCAAUUCUGAUGACGACACAGGGAUAGUACCACUUAAUCUUUCCAAGAAGCCAGAUGCAAAUGUUGUUAAUGAACAUAUGUACAAAAACGCUCUCCAUGUGGAAAACCAAAACUUUAUGGAACUUCAGGAAAUGCCUCUGAAUCUCUCCGUAAAAGACAACUGCAACAUAAAACAACCCCUCCAGAGGUCAUCAUAUGAAGCUGAAGACAGUGGACCUCAAAAAACUGAAAAUGGACAUUUGGAAGCUGAGGACUGCAGCCCUAAGGAUCAUAUGGAGAAAGGUUCUUGUGAUAAGGUCCCUACCGUGAUGCAGAGGAAAGAAGUUCAGGAAGUUAGGACAAUUGACCAUUGUGAUGAGCAGAAACAAACUGCAGCUGUUGCUCUUUGUCAGUUAGCUGCCUAUAGUCCUAGUAAAGUCCAAAUAGAGACUGCACAGAAAAGUAAUCAGGACAGCAAUUCUCAGUAUACAGAUUCAGCUCCUGAACCAUCAGAUACUCAGGACGGUCACAGUAGUCAAAAAGGAAAAGGACAAAAAAGGACCAAUCAAAGACAAGUGGCAAAACUGCAACAAGGAACAAAGCGAGUACAAACAAAUGACUGCAGUAGAGUAUUUACUCUGAGAAAAAGAACCAGAGUAUCGUAAUACUUCACGUUUAAUCCACUACCAACUACAUACAAGAGCAGUUGACAAGCACGCUGUCCACCAGGAAGCAAAGACAAGUUUUCAGUAACAAUUCCUACUUUUCCAAUCAGGCAGACUCAUUUGAUCAAUAUAGGUUGAAACAUGUAAAUAUAAACUGUUCUUAAUUUUGUAUUUAUGUUUUAAAGCAUCCUGAAUAUUU